AUGAGCAGCGACAAGCCGCAUGGCCAAAUCGCCAGCGAGGAGGUGCUGAACAAAAAGAUGGACCUGUGCCUCAGUAACACGAUUGUCAAAACAGGCAUUGGUUUCAGCGCCGGUGUCGUGCUGUCGGUGUUGUUCCUUCGACGACGUGCGUGGCCCGUCUGGCUCGGUACAGGCUUUGGUAUGGGCGCUGGAUACACAGACUGUGAGCGCUCCUUUAAUCCUGUCUCAGUUCCAGGUGUACGAAUCCUUCCUGCCGACACGGCCAAUGUGUCUGCGCCACCAACUCGCUUUAGCCUCUUGCAGCAGCGAGUGGGCGAGCUGUUCGGGCAGGCGCAUGAGCAGGCCUCUGAUGCCGUGGACAACACAAAGGAUCUGCGCACAGCCGCGCACGAGCGCUUUGCUGAACUGAGCCAGAGCGGCAAGGAGCAGAUUGAAAAGCGGUUUUCGGAUUUGCAGGACACGACGCAGAAGUUUGCUGACAAGAUUGUCGAGACUGGCAAGGACCUCACGAGCUCCAAUGGAGGCAACAACAGCAGUGGCAGCGGUGAGGCUAACAAUAAGGUGCGCGUGGUCUAA